AUGAACACCGUUAUGUUUCAGCUUUACCAAGAGCGAGUGAUUCCGCUGUUGAUGGCCCACUGUCCGCCUAAACUUGAUGUGUUUCCACAGAUACUUGUCGAAGGAAUAGCUUGUGAGUCUUUGAAAUUUUUUUUUCAUGAGCCCUGCAAUGAAAGACAUUUUGUUAAAGCCGCCAUCAUCAUUGGAUAUGAUUUCCACGAUCAACUUAACAACGACGCUUUUAUGAUUCACGAAUUGAAGGUGGCAAUCGAGAAACAGCUACGGGCGGAUUUUGAAGUGCUACGACAUUUUGUUAAAGCCGCCAUCAUCAUUGGAUAUGAUUUCCACGACCAACUUAACAACGACGCUUUUAUGAUUCACGAAUUGAAGGUGACAAUUGAGAAACAGCUACGAGCGGAUUUUGAAGUGCUACGCUCGAUUGUGAAGGCAGUGACUGAGAGUGUUAGUGGAUAG